CAAUCGAACCCCGAGCGGCGAAAAGCCAGCAAAAGCGAUGAAUGGGGAAUGAAGGAGCCGUGGAGCUAACCAAGCUGGGCAGAGAGGAGACGAAGACCGCCUGAGUGGACAUUCUUCCGGCAGAGGUUUGAACGGUUGCCGUUGGUUUCCCCGGGCCGCGCGUCAUGGCAGCCCUGCGCCAGAGGAAGGGCAGCCGGGGUAAGGAGCCCCCACAGAGCCCCCAUGCAGACUCUCAGCCUCAGCAGCGCCACCAGGCCAACUGUUGCUCCCGGCAUCAUCGUCAUCACCAUGACGACCUCCUGCAGGGUGAUUGGUCGUGGAGGUGUAUCGUGUGGACAUCGAUGGGCUGGUCGGUGUCGGUGGGUCUGGGCCUGCUGUGCUGCAUGUACAUGGCCACGCUGCACGAGAACGACCUGUGGUUCUCCAACAUCAAGGAGGUGGAGCGUGAGAUCUCCUUCCGGACCGAGUGUGGACUCUACUACUCGUACUACAAGCAAUUGUUGAACGCUCCAUCCAUACAGGAAGGAUUUUCUGAGUUGAUUCACGAUAACUUGACGGAGUCUAAGCGGACCAUCAACCUCCUGCAGAGGAUGAACAUCUACCAGGAGGUCUUCCUCAGUGUUCUUUACAGGCUGCUGCCCAUACAGUCCUACCUGGAGCCCAUGUACUUCUACAUCUACAGCGUGUUCUCGCUGCAGGCGGUGUACGUGAUGGCGCUGUACCUGACAGCGUGGCUCCUGUCCGGCUCAUGGGUGGCCGGCGCGCUGGCCGCCGUCUGGUACAUCCUCAACAGGGUGGACACGACUCGUGUGGAGUUCACCAUCUCGCUGAGAGAGAACUGGUCUUUGCCCUUCCUGGCGCUGCAGGUUUCCGCCAUCACAUGCUACCUGAGGCCUCAGCUGGGCACCUUGCAGCAGAAGGUGAUGGUGUGGCUGAUGUACGUGUGCAGCUUGUGCUUCUGUGUGACUUGGCAAUUCAACCAGUUCAUCUUUCUGGUUCAGGCCCUCGUUGUCUACACGCUGGAUUGUGUGGACGUGCUCACCACCGCACAGGUGACCACACUGUAUUUGGUCCAAGUGAGCGCUCUGCUGAGCGUGUGGCUCCUGCAGUUCUUCAACGCCAUGAUCCUGGGCUCCUUGGUGCUCAGCUUCAUCGUGGCGGCCCUCAUCGUGCGUCAUUUUCACCGUUCUCUGAAGACAGGAAGUGUUCUGGUGCGAGUGUUCAAGCUGAUCAUCCACAGCACCGCCGUCCUUCUCCUCACCUUCACCCUCAACUUCACGGCCAAGAAGGUGCUGCGGCUGCGAUCAGACGAACACAUCUUUAAAUUCAUCAAGUCAAAGUUUGCCUGGGGGCCGACGAGAGACUUUGACGCCAACCUGUAUCUGUGCGAGGAAGCCUUCGGUGCGCUGCCACUGGACACUCUGGAGCGUCUGUCUGCCACCCUUCUGCUGGGCCCCUACGCCCUCACGCUCGUCCUGAUCGGCGGCAACCUGGCGCUGGUGGCUCUGCGGAACCUCAGGCCAAAAGGUGGCGCAGCGGAGAGGAAAGCGGAGGGUCCGGCGGCGGCGGCGUCCUUUCGUCCCGACGUGGCCUACAACCUGCUGCACACGAUUUUCUACGGCCUGCUGGCCUUCAGCACGAUGAGGAUGAAGUACAUCUGGACGGGGCACAUGUGUGCCGUGGCGGCGUACGGCGUGUGCGGCAGGGACGUGUGGACGAUACUUCUUCGCGCUCUCCGAUGCAACACUAAAUUCAUAGUCCGAUUGGUGCGAUAUGCCGCGCCUCUGGCCGUGAUGGUCUUCCUCUAUUACAAGUUCUGGCCCAAGAUGGUGGAGGAGCUGUCUGACUUGAGGGAGUUCUACGAUCCAGACACUGUGGAGCUCAUGACCUGGAUUAGCACAAAGACCCCCGAGCGCGCCGUCUUGGCGGGAAGCAUGCAGCUGCUGGCCGGCAUCAAACUGUGCACAGGGAGAGUCAUCACCAACCACCCGCACUACGAAGACAAGGACCUGAGGGACAGGACCAAACAGGUGUACCAGGUGUACGCCCGCCGCUCCCCGCAGGAGAUCCACUCCAUCCUGCAAAGUCUGGGCGCCGACUACGUGGUGCUGGAGAACUCCAUCUGCUACGAGCGCCGGCACCGCCGAGGAUGUCGCCUGCGAGACUUGCUCGACUUGGCCAACGGACACAUCAUGGACGGCGAAGGUGACAACGAGGCUGACCUGGUGGCCGCCGCCCAGCCGCGAUUUUGCGACGCCGUCAAGACAGACUCGCCGGAGUACAGCGCCUUGUUCAAAAGAACCUUCCAGAACAAAACCUUCCACGUGUACCGAGUCAGGAAGAAAGUGAAGAAGAGCGAAAAAAACCUGUGAGACGACAAAGAUGCCAACAGCUGACGCACAUUUCCAGCAUGUCUGAACAACUUUCUUUGUUUUGUUUUUGUCUUUUGAAAUGUUGUUUUAUUUUUUAUUUUUAUUGUUUUUAUGUUUGGACUAAUUGUUCAACUCUGUG